AUGAAGGUCGCUCAUUGGCUGUCUCGUCAACUGCUCUGGCUGAGACAUAUUAAAGGCCCGAAACGUAUCGACUACCCUCAUUUUACCAUUACAAAGCCCAACGAGGUGCAUCAACUUGAUCUGUUAUAUAUGCCCCACGAUAGGGUAUAUGGAAACACCUACAAAUACAUCCUGACAGGUAUUGAUGUAGCCUCGAGGUACAAGGUAGCGAGACCCCUACGUACCAAAAAAGGCAGCAAAGUGGCGGACAUGAUCAGGGACAUUUACAAGGCAAGACCUCUUCGACAGCCUAAAACAUUCCAGUGUGAUAAUGGCUCCGAAUUCAAGUCAGAUGUAACCAAGCUGCAAGAGGACCAGGAUGUGAAGAUCAAGCGGGCUACCACCAAUUAUCAUCAUACUUUCACAGCAUUUGUAGAGUCCUACAACAAAGUACUCGCGGAAAGUCUCUUUAAGCCUCAAGAUGCACAAGAGUUGGUCUCUGGGGAGCCUAGUACCAUUUGGGUCAAGCACUUGUACGCUAUCGAAAAAAGUCUAAACAACAGCAAAACUGCAAUAAUUGGCCAAAAACCUAGUAGGGCGAUUAAACUCGAUGAGGUACCGCUAGCGAAAAGCGAAGAAUACCCAGAGGAAAACCCUUACCUGACGAUGGGCUGUACCAUUCGCUACAACCAGGAGAAUAACAUGGCUACUCGAAAAGACGUGCAACUGACGCCUUUUGAAGCAAACAUGCUUACAGACGGUCCUGAAAGAAGCUUCGUGUUAGAGGAGCUGAUGCAAGGUACCUGA